CACCAACCCACCCCCCCCCCUCCUUCGCAUUUUUCCUCUCCUUUCCUUUUUGUCUCUGCAAAUGAGAAUGUCCAUUAGAUGCAAAACAUUCUCUAACAAGCCUAAGCCAUUCCCGUCGCCGCCGCGCAAGAGAAGACCCACAAGACAAGCACCACCCUCGUCGUCAUUGACCACUCGUGAUUUGACGGUCCGGAUGAAGGUGAAGAAGCUUCAGAAGCUGGUUCCGGGAGGCCAAGGGUUGCAGCCGGAUCGCCUGCUCUUGAGAGCAGCUGAUUACAUCCUGCAUUUGAGGUCUCAAGUCAAUGUUUUGCAAGCUCUUUCCAAGAUUUACGAUCAUAUAUAACCCCCAGGAAGAUGUGCAUUGUACAUCCUCCAUUUCAAAAGUCGGCUGUUUAUCGUACCGUUGUUGUUUUUCCUUCACCCAUGUUCAAGGGGAUAUAUAUCAUGAUAUGACAUAAGAAGGGUCCAUCAGUUGCAAAUGUAAGUUGUUCAUUCAAUUAUGAAUUAUAUACCAUAUGGAUAAUAUUUCUUCUGGCUAUACUCUUGUUAUAAUUGGUGCUGAAUAUCUGCUUUUUUGAAUUUAUGUUCUGGCGAGCCCCCUCUACACUGAGAAUAACGAAACUCUUGCGUUGAA